AUGGCGUGGGAACCGGAGUCUUCACUCCGCUAUGGAGGUCCCCAGACCGCUAGUAGUGAGGUCGACGAGGAUGAGGCUAGAAAGGUGGCAGAGCGUGAACGUAAGAAGGAAGAAGUACGCAAGCGUCUCAUGGAGGCCAGCAGGGCCAAGAAAGCCAAGAAAGGUUUCUUGACACCGGAACGAAAGAAGAAACUCAGAAAACUGUUGAUGAUGAAAGCCGCCGAGGAUCUGAAGCAGCAGCAAAUGCUCAAGGAACAGGAACGACAGCGUAUACUUCAAGAGCGAAUCAUUCCGCUGCCGGAUCUCGAUGAAUGCGAUGAUCUUGAGGAAGUCUACAAUCAGAUGCGCGAACGUCUAAUUGCCUUGGAAAGCGAGAACUACGACGUAUCGUACACAGUACGACAGAAAGAUUUUGAAAUCAACGAGCUCACCAUUGCAGUGAACGAUCUUCGUGGAAAAUUCGUGAAGCCUACACUGAAGAAAGUGUCAAAGACUGAGGGUAAGUUUGAUAAGCUGAAGAAGAAAGAAGCCGCCAAAGUCGAUUUCCGUUCCAACCUGAAGCAAGUCGACAAGAACCAAUUCGCUAUGGAAGAGGAAGGCAAAGAGAAAGCGAAGGCCGACUGGGCGAAAUAA